AUGCUUUUCCUCCCAGCUGCUGCUCUGUGCUGUCUGUGUUCAGUGCUGGUUGCCAUGGCAGCAGAGCUGAUUCAGGAUGAUUUAACAAUGACCAGGAGAAUUGGUGAAAAAGUCUCCUUCAGCUGUCGACGCACUGACCAGUGUAACAGUGACUAUGUUCACUGGUAUCAGAAAAAAGACACAGGAACAUUCACAAAGAUUCUGGAAAUUAAGAAGACAAAUUGUCAAGUUUAUACAGGUUACAAUCAUCCUCAGGAAGCUGAUUUUUCAGCUGUGAAUAAACAGAAUGGCUGUGAGUUGGAGAUCCAGAAAGUUAAACCCAGUCAUUCAGCCACUUACUACUGCUGCUGUUACAAGGCUUUGUAUUUUGUCUUUGGCUCUGGAGCUAAACUGUAUGUAACAGAUGAGCAGGUUGUGAAACCCGUGGUGAGCGUGUACCCAGCAGCAUCCAGAGCCCACCUGGAGGGGAAGACCUCCCUGCUGUGUCUGGCCUCAGCCAUGUUUCCCCCUCUGGUCCAGUUUUCCUGGAAAAGACGAAAGGAGAAUGGACCUCUGGAGAAGCUGCCCCCUGCUGAGGGAGAGCAGCUGGAGCUCAGAGAGUGGGGACACAGUGCUGCCAUCCUGCUGAUCCAUCAGCAAGAGAACAGCGCAUAUAAAUACCGCUGCUAUGUCCAGCAUGAGGGGGGAACAGUGGAGGCCGACACAGAACAAGAGGUUUCUACCUUUCCACCAUCACUUCCAACAGCAGCUUCAACAACACCUCCUCCACCAUCACUUCCAACAGCAGCUUCAACAACACCUCCUCCACCAUCACUUCCACCUGCCAUUGCUUCUGACCUGUCUCAGUACCAAGUGAAGCUGUUCUGUGUACUGUACACAGUGCUGAUAGUGAAGAGUCUGGUGUACUGCUGUGGACUCUCUCUAUUGAUGGUCCUCAGAAACAAGGGACCGUCGACAAACUACACACAUGGUAACUGAGUGUUUUCUGCUCACCUCCUCUCACCAUCAUAUCUCAUUGAUUCAUCUCAAUUAUCUCUUUGAUGAGUUUUCACAAAUAUAACCUUACAUAUUCUUAAGAUAAGGGACAAAACAGGUUUUAAAAAUCUUUUUUUUUUAAAAAAAAAAAAAAAAAAUGCACACUAUAUUUUUUGGAACUGGAUAUGUCUGUAGGGAAAAGUCUUAGCUAUUUAACUAUGUAAAGGAACAGGUUCUAAAUAAAAAUACAUAUAGUAUGUUUCACUUUAGAACUUGAUUUGUGUCAACUCCGUCAGAACCACUAAAAAGUCUACAAUUCUAAUUCUUCCAGUACAAAAAGAC